AUGGCUUCCGCGGCGAGCAACCGAGUCUCGACUCGCCUGGCCAUUCGCCUGAUUCCAAUCUUCAUCCUGUGUGCCUUUGUCGUCGCCACCUACAUCUACGUCGGCCACAUCUGCGUGCAGUACUACAUCAGGCAGCGCCGUCGGACCGGCUUCGCCGCCGGCAUGAUUGUCCUGUACUUUGUCAUCUUCUUCCUCAUGCUCGCCGCGUACCUCCGAACCUUCGUCGCCGUCAUCCGGGACCCUGGCCUGGUGCCGCUCAUCAACGGCCAAACCGCCGAAGACCUCAACGAGAAGCAACCACCCCCACCGAGACGAAGACGAAGAAGGAGACGCGGCGGUGAGCCAGAGGAACCUGAUGCGGAAGCGCAGCAGGCGACGUGGGCGCCGGUCGACACGAGCCCGGACAGUCCCGGGCUGGAGGCGUUCUACAGCAAGGACGUCUUCGUCUGCGAGGCGGACGGCCGGCCCAAGUGGUGCUCCGGGUGUCGCCAGUGGAAGCCGGACCGCGCGCACCACUCGAGCGAGCUGGGGCGCUGCGUGCGAAAGAUGGACCAUCUGUGUCCCUGGGUCGGGGGGAUGGUAUCAGAGACGUCGUUCAACUUCUUCGCCCAAUUCACCUUUUACUGCGCCCUCUACUGCUCCAUCACCCUCGCACUCACCGGCUACACCGUCAGCCAGCAGUCGCGCGAGCGCCCGACGCCCGACGGCUGGGUCGUCGCGGGCCUGGUGCUCUCGGCCUUCUUCCUACUCUUCAGCGGCGGCAUGGCGCUGACCUCGCUGCGCUACAUCCUCACCAACAUGACCAACAUUGACAUGUUUUCGCGCUCGCGCAUCUCCUACCUCGCCGUCCGCGUGCCGCUCGACGCGCCCCCGUCGCAGUCCUACCCGACGGUUACCUAUCCUCUUCAGCAGCCGCCCGUCCCGCCGCAGCCGCUCGGCGUCGUCGGCACGCCGCCGCCACCACCCCCUGCGAACCCGGGCGAGUCGAUCCUCAAUAAUGGUACCUCGGUCCUCGCCGCAGCAGAUCGCGACGUCCGAGCCCGGCGCAAGUUUGCCAUCUUGCGCGUCGAGGCCCGCGAGAACCCGUGGGAUCUGGGCCCCCGUCGCAACUGGACCUCGGUCAUGGGCCGCUCACCCUGGGAGUGGCUGCUCCCCAUCAGACACUCGCCCUGCUGCGACCACGACAGCAUGACGAGCGACUAUCCAACGAGGAAUGUCUUGGAUGGCAUCAAGAAGCGCCAUAACUUUGCACAGCUCGAGUUGAUGGAGCCUUCGCAGCCAAAGGGGCAUGAUGCUGUUUGA